GGGCGGGAUUGGAGGCCUAGUCCCGCCUCUGCGCUGCUCCGCGAAGGUGGAGGAGGCCCUGCACACUCCUGCUGCUGACUGACUCCCAGGCGGCGGGUGGCAGUUGUCAAAGGCCACGGAGGGCCGGAGAUGCCUCCCCGGUGGGCCCCCCGCCAGCCCAUGCCUCCCCUGCUGCUGCAGCGGCGGCAGCCUCAGCCCCCUUAGCGCCAGGGCAGGUGUCUUCCUGUGAACUGCACUUGUUUGAGUCUUAUGGGAGGCCAAAAAAUCAUGGAUCUCACCAUGGAAGAACUUUGAUCAGGAUCCACAUGAUAUGCUUUUAGGAGUGGGGAAUGAACAUGGAUAAUUUCAUACCUAUCAACAGGAAGAACCUCUCUUCAGCAGCUAAUAUGUCUGGUCUCCUUGCGUACCAACUGAACUUAACUAGCAGUUCACCUUCCAUGUCAAUUAAUAAACUUUUCCCAGCCUUGUUACAAUGCUUUGGCAUUAUUCUUUGUGGAUACAUAGCUGGAAGAGUUAACAUAAUUACGUCAAAUCAGGCCAAAGGACUUGGAAAUUUUGUCUCCCGUUUUGCACUCCCAGCUUUAUUGUUCAAAAACAUGGUUGUGCUGAAUUUUUCCAAUGUGAAUUGGUCCUUCCUGUACAGCAUCCUUGUUGCCAAAGCUUCGGUGUUCUUCUUAGUCUGUGUUCUAACGUUCUUGAUAGUCACUCCUGAGAGGCGGUUUAGCAAAGCUGGACUGUUUCCUAUCUUUGCUACUCAGAGCAAUGACUUUGCACUGGGAUAUCCUAUAGUUGAAGCAUUGUAUCAAACUACAUAUCCAGAAUAUCUCCAGUACAUUUACUUGGUUGCACCAAUAUCUCUUAUGAUGCUAAACCCUUUAGGAUUCAUCUUUUGUGAAAUCCAGAAAUCAAGAGACAAUCAGAGUCUUUCUCAUAGCAAAAUCAAGAUUGUGGGACUUGGACUUCUUCGAGUGAUACAGAACCCUAUUGUAUUUAUGGUCUUCAUAGGAAUUGCCUCAAAUUUCAUUCUCAACCAAAAGAUUCCUGAAUAUUUGGAAAACUUCCUUGAUGGGCUUGCCAGCUCAUUUUCAGGUUCAGCACUUUUUUAUUUGGGCCUCACGAUGGUGGGCCAAAUCAAGAAACUGACAAGGAGUACAUUUGUUGCACUGAUUCUUCUCAUCACAGCUAAACUACUGUUGAUGCCACUUCUAUGCAGGGAAAUGGUGGAAUUGUUGGACAAGAGUGACAGCUUGGUCAACCACACCAGCUUAUCAAACUAUGCAUUUCUCUAUGGAGUCUUUCCCGCAGCUCCUGGCGUGGCUAUAUUCGCAACACAAUUUAACAUGGAAGUAGAAGUUAUAACUUCAGGAAUGGUGAUCAGCACUUUUGUUUCUGCCCCUAUCAUGUAUGUUUCUGCCUGGCUAUUAACCAUUCCAUCUAUGGAUCGAAACAGACUGGCAUCUGCAAUCCAAAAUGUUAGCUUUGAUAUUAGUAUUGUCAGUGUUGUCUCUUUGAUCUGGUCCCUUGGUGUUAUUCUGUUGAGUAAAAAGUAUAAACAGCUUCCUCAUAUGCUCACAACUAACUUACUUGUUGCACAGUUUGUAGCCUGCAUUGGAAUGAUAAUCUGGAAUUUCACUAUUGAGGAGAGAAGCAUCCCUAUACAAAUUCUUGUGUUCAUCUUCCUGUACAGUUCACUUUACAGUGCUUUUUUGUGGACGGGUCUCUUAUCUUUCUCUCUGCUGCUUUUAAAAAGAAGAGAAGCCAUAAAAAUCCCUGUUGGAUUUAUCAUUAUAGCUGGCUGGGGCAUCCCAGCAGUUCUUGUUGGUAUCCUACUAAUAGCUGGUAAACACACUGAUGAUAUUGAUUCAGCAUUUUUUUAUGGAAAUUAUCAGAUGAUUACCACAGCAGUGGUUGUAUCCAUCAGCAUACUCAUAUCUGGGAUAUCACUCAUGUGUAUGAACAGAUCAGGAGUUGAAGCCAACUAUGAGGCAUUGAACCAGCAGUCCCAACACAGAGAAACAGAGGAACCUGAAAGAGAAGUCAGUGAACAAAGUAGAUCUUCAAUCAGUGCUUCCCAUUCUGUGAUAGACACUUCCAUAGAAAGAGAGUGCUGCACGUGCCAAAAGGAGAAUAGAGGGUUAUGCUGUUCUGAAAGAGAGGCAACAUGUAGUACUAAUGCCCAUGAUAACUUCUCUCUAUCUAUUGAGACAGCCAAUCGAUGUGUGAGUCCAUGCAGUUCUGAGAGGUGUGUACUGGUUCAGGAGGAACAGCUUCUGCAAACAGGAGACAAACAGCUGGCUAGACAUGUGUUGCUAUGCCUGUUACUCAUUGUGGGCCUCUUUGCUAAUCUAGCCAGCUGUUUGUGGUGGUUGUUCAAUCAAGAACCUGGAAGACUUUAUGUCGAAUUGCAGUUCUUUUGUGCUGUAUUUAAUUUUGGUCAGGGAUUCAUUUCUUUUGGAAUUUUUGGCCUAGAUAAACAUUUAAUUAUUCUUCCAUUCAAGAGGAGGUUUGAAUUUCUCUGGGGUAGCAGAACAGUGGAACGCAGGGAGUCAUCUGUACCUGAGGAAAUCCGGAUGACAUGCCAACAAUUUGUUAAUUAUCACAAAGAUACGUGUGUAAGGAGCAUUGUCCAAGACAGAAGGUGUGGCACAAAGACGGUGACUGGGGUCUUCUAUGGCUGUGACCUGGUGAAUUGGCUCAUUGAGGUUGGGCUUGCCUUAGACCGUGGAGAAGCUGUGGCGUAUGGAGAAAGACUCGUGAAAGGAGGCAUCAUCCACCAUAUUGCUUACGAAUUUGAAUUUCGGGAUGAGCAGUUGUACUACCGUUUUAUCCCUCGGAGAUAUCCAACAAAAGAGGGUCAUGGAAAUGAGGAAGUGCUUAGAAGCUAGCCAAAGAGAAAGUGUGGUCAAGCUCUUUGCUGACAUGCAAAGGCACAUUUUCAAAUGAUGUCUUUACAGUUAUCACAUGGUUCUGUUUGUCUUCUACCCAAAGAGAAUUGUUGUUUCAUGUUUUGAAUGCUGACGAAUACAAAUCACUUCAGGGAAUUAUUUUAAAUCAUGGAAAAUUCAAAAACAUAAAAUGCUCAGUUUUGUUUUUGGAAAGAACAAUGAUUUCAAAAUAUAGUUUCCUUGCCUGUGGAUACAUCAGAUCUUGUGGGGUCUGUUCUGUCUUCUCUUCAUUUUAAAUAUGGUUUUGUAUCAUAUGAUGCACUAGUUAAAAGGAGGGAGGUCAGCUAUUUAAAUAUUUUAGUAGAGACUAUUCACUUUUGAAAAUGAAAUUCUCUAUUUAUACAAAAAUAGCAACUGUGAAGUUUGGCUUGUUGGUACAUAAGGACUGAGAAAUUAGUGGAUGGUUUUUGCUGUUUGUAGUCUUAGUUCCCAUGUGAGUGAGUUAGAAUAAAAAAGUAUCUUGCAGUCCUUGUACUGUUAGGCCCAAUGAAGCCGGUAUUUGCAGGGCCUAUUGCCCAAAUAUAAGUGUGUUGCCUUCAUAAAUGGCUCUUAAAAGUAACUAGUUUCUAACUCCCGGAAAAUAACACAUGAUUUCACAAACUCCAAAGUACUAAUAGAGCCUUGCUUCAUUGAUGUCUAUGAGGGUGUGGUUACUUUACUCCUUUAGACCAACAGCCUGUUUAAAAGAGAACACCAAAUACUUGAAUUAUAUUUGAGUACUACUUUCAUUAUGCAACUUAAAGAAUUCUGAUUUUUUUUUAAAAAAACUUGUAAUACAGAUUUGAGAAACUGUCUUCAUGCCAACAACUCCAUGCCCCUUCAACAUUUUUAAUGCUUGCAUUUUCUUUUCAUAAAGAAAAAUUAUGAAGGCUUUUUCUUCCUGCUUUUUUCACUCUUAAGCUGGUAUUACAGGAUAAUAACAGUAGAGAAUGACCAUCUUAUUUACCGUUUUCAAACAGCAGAAUUUUAAAUAUUGUCUAGAGAUGUAUCAAUCACCAUUUUUACUGAAACACUUUGGCAUAUGACUACUACUGUCAUGUCCCAUGAACACUCUGUUGAAUUCAUUUCUUGUCAGAUGGUUGGUAUAAAUAAUUUAUUUUUAUAGUUAUUUGGGCAGUAUUAGAAAAAACAGGCUUCUCCAACUUGUGGCUGUUACCCCCUAAGUGUAGAAACAUAUCCUGACAGCCUAAUAAGUAUGUCAGUACCCACAACAGCAUGUACUGCAACAUGCAUGAAAAAUGUAAAGAGAAACUACUGCUUUUUUGUUGUGAGACAAGCAGUCCAAGCAGUGUCAAUGGCACGCAUGAACUUUCACAUUGACAAAUUAUUCUGUAUUGUAUAAAAACUGACCUAUGCUUAUCUUCCAGAGUGAAGAAAAACUUUUUAAGUGAUGUUUUAAUCUCAGUUGCAGCUCAAAUGGAAUAAAUGCUGCUAUUACAUUUCUGAACGAAACAUAUUUCUAUGUAACUUGAGAAGAAAAUUAUGGACAUUUUGGAAGUAGUUGGUAUUUCUCCAUUGUUGGUGUUUCAGUUUCUCAAUAAAAUCAGAUGUUCUAUCUU